AUGUCCGAGCUGUUAUCACCUCCUGCAGAUGGUGCCGGUAUCCCCUUGACCCAGACUCAGAAAGAUCUCAUAGGAGGUUCAGUGGGAGGUAUAGCUCAGGUCCUUGUUGGUCAGCCAUUUGACAUUGUCAAAGUAAGAAUCCAAACUGCUCCUCCCGGCACCUACGCUUCUCCUCUGGAUUGCGCGACCAAGCUGCUCAAGGCGGACGGUCCAUUAGGAUUCUACAAGGGAACAUUGACUCCUCUUUUGGGUAUUGGAGCAUGUGUGUCCAUUCAAUUUGGUGCCCUCGAGGGAGCGAAGAGAUUCUUUGCUGGAAGAGCUAAAGGGAGGGAGCUGAACUUGGGCGAAUUGUGGAUGAGCGGAGCCAUAGCGGGAGUAGCCAACACUGUAGUAGCCAACCCCGUCGAACAUAUUCGUAUACGACUACAAACUCAGCCUGCUGUCACACCUAGAUUGUACAAUGGUCCGUUGGACUGCGCGGCCAAGCUCUACAAGCAGGGUGGUGGGUUGAAAGGCGUCUUCAAAGGUCAGGUACCUACAAUGUGGAGAGAUGGAGUAGGAUAUGGAUGCUACUUCAUGGCGUAUGAAGCACUUGUACAAAGACAUCUACGAACCACUGGAUUAUCAAGGGAGGAAGUAUCUCCCUUGUGGGCAGUUACAUAUGGUGCUGCAGCAGGAUACGCAUUAUGGUUUUCCAUCUACCCAGUUGACGUGAUCAAAUCCAAACUUCAAACCGAUUCACUCGACCCUACCAAGAGGAUAUAUAAAGGUAUGAUAGAUUGUACGAGGCAGACCUGGAGGACUCAAGGGUUGAAAGGCUUCCUGGGCGGUUUAGCACCGACUCUCAUACGUUCACCUUUCGCAAACGGUGCUACCUUCGUAGCGUUCGAGUUAGCCAUGAGAGCGAUGAACUAG